UUAUUUAUUUUAUGCACGCUGAAAUACAACUCAUUUCUCACUCACACCUUUGUCACUGCCACUUUCUCUUGUUGUCUCUCUCUCUCUCUCUUUGUUUCCUCACUCUUUUCUUCUGCGUGGCUACUUCUGCGUGGCUACUGCUUCCUCUGAGAGCUCACCAUUGUUACUUCUUUUUAACCAUUAUCUAAGCUUGCUUUAUCCAUGGCCGUUUUAGCUUUUCUAGUGCUUAUUUUGGCUAUGACUGGCCAUACAAGUGCCAAUUGGUGUGUAUGCAAGAAUGGAAUAAGUGAGGGAGUGUUACAGAAGGCACUGGACUAUGCUUGUGGAGCUGGAGCUGACUGUAACCCCAUCCACUCAAAUGCGGCUUGUUACAACCCCAACACUGUUCUUGCUCACUGCAAUUACGCUGUAAACAGUUAUUUCCAGAAGAAGGGCCAGGCUCAAGGCUCAUGUGAUUUUGCUGGGGCUGCUACUGUCACUGCAUCUGACCCUAGCACAACUGGUUGCAACUACCCUGCUUCUGCCAGCUCCUCGAGCACUGGGACAACUCCAGUGUCAACAACACCAUCCACCAGCACUGGCACUAACACCGGCACAGGCACCACCCCAUCCACCACUGCGACGCCAUCGACCACAUCCCCAUACAGCACAACCCCUUCCACCGGAGUGCUAGGAGGAAUAGGAGGUGGCAUGGGCCCCACAGGAGCUGGCAUUAACACAGAUGAAAGUGGUGGGUUUAGACUUGCUAGGACUAGUGUGUUCUCUUCCUCUGUGACCUUGUUCAUUUCAGGCUUGAUGCUCUGGUGGGGUUGAGAAGUGAGGGGGUGAUGAGUGAGGAUGUGGGGUAGGGACGAGGGUAGGCUGGUGCUGGAUUUUCAAUGUGCACAGGUUGUUUAUGCAUGUGAUUCUGCUGUUGUUUUGUAGGUGUUCAAAUCAAACAGAGACAACCUCUUUUUUAUUAUUUAUUUUAGUUAUUAUUAUUUCUUCACUAUUUUUGUUUCUUUUGUCGUCUAUCAUCAUGAUCAUCAUCAUCCUACAUGGGAAAGUAAGAUGGGUUAUUGAUUCCUUUUUGGUGGUGUCUGCGUAGUGGGAAUGUGGGAAAAGAAGCAGAGGUUAUUUCUCUAGUUGUUUCUCCAACUCCGACUUUGUUAUCUCUUUUUGUACAUCUAGAUCUUAAGAGGGUAGUUAUCUAUUAAUUUGUACCGGAGAAACCCAAACUUUGUUAUAAUACUCUUUUAAGGCACCUUA